AUGUCUCCUCGUCGUCGGUUUCGUCAUCUGCAGAGUAAAGAACCGGAAACCGACUCACCCUUCGCGGAAACGAUUGUCUUCAACAGUGUCGAUUGGUCAGGCGUCCAAACGGCCACCCACGCCGCUCCAAUUAGGCGUGAGGCAUCGACACCCCCUCCAAGACCCCCCAUCACGAUCUACAAUGUACCCUAUCCAUCAGGUCAAUCAGCAACAGAAACAUCUUCUCUAAAUUAUAACAAGACAAUCUCCACCUCCCGUUCCGUCUCCCCCUUCAAUUCGUUCUUACCCUAUACCGACCUUGGCUCGCAGAGUGGUCCAUCGUCACGGCCAUACUCUACCGCCGAGUCUCGAACAUCCAUGUUGGACACGGGCAGCCAUAUAUCGAGCUCCACCAUGGGUCUCUUACAGCCCACUGACGGUAACUCUGUUACCAAAACAACAAGAAGGGCGCUCCCCAUUCCUCCGCACCCUCCACCUUCCUAUGAAUCACUUUCUCGAAUGGACGAUAAUAAUACACAGCCUACUCUCGCUCCUUCUGCUAAAGCGGCCGCUCUAGGCCUCCCACCCCUCAAUCCUUCGUCUUCAUCUUCUCCAGCAUACACUACAUCAGAGGUUCCGCAAUCGCCAUACCCUUAUACAUCCGAUACCGGAACGAUAAACAAUAGUCCACAUUUAUCUCCGCGCGAGUCUCUCCAACAGACCAUAGUCGAUCCCGCCGAUUACCCCACCGCCUCGGGAGCUCGUAAAGGGCAAUCAGAAGAAGGAGGAGGUCGGUUUUCUGAAAGCAGCACCGUGCGCCCGCAUUCAAUCGACGCUCCCGCCCACCCGGCAGUUGGUCGAAUCUCCGAAAGCAGCGCGCGCCCACUUCAAUCCCCAAUUACCGAAGAGGGAUUCCACGACCCGUUCAAUGCGACUAAAUACGAAUUACCCGCUUGGCUCAACUCGGACCCCUUCCCAAGCAAUCAUGCUGGUCCCUCCGUUCGGCGCUCGCUGAGCCAAAGCUCCUUGUAUCCACCCAAGACGCCCAGAAGUGCGGCCGCGAGUAGCCACGUUCUCCCUUCAGAGUGGUCGGUUCGUUCGCUUAGCCCUGACCUCCCAGACGUACCUCCACUACCUCAUGAGACUGGCCACCAUAACACUCACGUCACCAUUACCGUGAGCGGCCAUCAUCCGCCGCAACCUCCGCGCUCUCCCACGCAUAUGGACCUGUUGAAGGAGAUGGACCAUCCCCCGAAAACGUGCUCGUCUUUCCGGGAGCGGAGCGCCCUGGAGACGAUAAUAUUAGCUGCUAGGGGAGAAUCUUCUAAAGAUACCACGCCUACUGUUGUUGGAGAAUUUGUCCAGCACGGGCAAAAGCAAGGUGAAGCCGAUGCUCGGAGUAGUAGACUCUUGACGCCCUCCCUCCUUUCCGACUCUGUUCCUGGCCAAGGUCUUGGCCGAUCGUUCACAUUGGAUCCGUCCUAUCGAAUCGUGAAGCCCAGUCGUGUCAUGCUACGGACCAGCGUCGGACGCGCGGUCAACCCCAGCAUCCUCAACACGAGCGUCUUGGCGUCCUCAAGUACUCGGCCAAAGUCAAGAGUCGUGUCUGGAGUCCCGGCUUCGGCCAUCAGUGGCAAUUUUAUCAACCUUCAUCCGUUAGAUUCACCCUCGAGCCGGGGCAUGUUGACUGGCUCAUCUAUGGGCAACGGUGUUGUUGCAGGUCCUGGGCUCAUGAGGAACACGAGUACUGCCAGCCGUAUUGUUCAUGGGGAUCUCGAUUCUAUCAGGAGUGUCUCGCCCGAGCUUGGGUGGAUUGGGGAAGAUGCUCAGACCAAGGAGACUCCCCUUGGUCAAGGAAAAGAUGAAGGGAGAAAGGAGCAACAACAACCAGAAUCUUCAAAUAAAGGCUCUAGAGGUUCAAGACUGAGUCUUGGAGAAGCCGCUCUCCUCUGGGCUGGCCUGACUUCUGCUAUGGAAAGCGAGGACAAACCUCGUACCUAA